AUGCCGAUCUUAAAAACCGUCCAAGAAACUUCGGAGAGUUACCGACUCUUCCCCGAAACAACGCCUCACUCCCCUUCGAGUAGUUCGACUGGUAUCCUCUCCACCAUGAGCGACGGCCAGCGAGAACCAAUUGAGUCGUCUCUUACCCCAGAAGAGGCCAGUCGCAUCAUCCACGCGCAUCGCAAGGUGCGCUACGGCACUGCGUGCUGGCCAUGUAGACAGCGCAAGGUGAAGUGCGACAACAAACAGCCAUGUGAGAACUGCGUAAAGAGAGACCACGCCACUCUCUGCUCCUACAACCCCAAGCAGCACGCGUCCAAGGAAGCUCCCGCGCCCGUCAGCGGCGUCAAGAGGCCUCGGUCGCCCGGAAGUGAGGCCUCCUCGAAACGGGAGGAUGAGCGGUGGCCGCGGACAGCAGAAGAUGAGGACUCUACCAGCGAAUCCCGCUACCUGGGUCAAAACAGCAUCGCCGCCUUCUUGACCGAGGAGGCCAGAGCUGGUGAACCCUCAUCGGUGGCCGGUGACCAGGAUGUUAUUCGAAAAGACAUCAUGCCUAUCCUAGGGCUACAAAUAUCAACCGCGCCGUAUCCUUUCCUGUCUCAGGAUCAUAUGGACAGGAUGCAGCAUGAAAUUGCUGGGGCUCUACCGUCAAAUAGAGAAGUUCUCAAGACCUUUCAAAUAUAUAAACAGAUAGUGCAGCCUUUUUGGGGUCUCCUCGUCGACAUAGAAGACUUUGAGUCCAAAUUAUGCACAUAUCUCGAGGAUCGGGUCUCGACGGCCAACCAAGCAGGGCCAAGUAAGGGCGUAUCCUCAGCCUGGUUGGGCAUGCUGUUCGCUGUGCUUGCCGUUUCGACCAAUUACUCUGAAUUAUCAUACCACAAACGAGUUGCGACAUCACAAGCAUUUGUGCAAACAUCGUUCCAUUGUCUGAGGUUAUCAAACUUCUUCCUUCGACCAUCCCUCGAUUCUCUUCAGGCCCUCCUCAUUCUUGGUUUUGUAUUAGCCAAUGACAUGAAGGCAGAGGCUUCUUGGGCCUUACUAGGUCUCACGUGUAGACUGGCACAGGCUUUAGGGUUACAUAGAGGCCCCAAUGAAAGUGCUCGUUUCCCUACGACUCCAUCGAAUGACUUCCCCAGGAGAAAGCUUUGGUGGAGCAUCCUCUGGCAAGACAGCUUGCUGUCCCUGUCAUUCGAUCGAGCUCCAAUAGCUGUCACAACUCGAUGUGAUAUACCACUCGGGCCUCAUGCUUUAACAGAAGGUCUCUCCUACACCGAAGCGAUGUAUCAUCUCUGUCAAAAGAUCCUUGAAUCAGUCAACAAUGACAGUACUUCUCAACCAGAUUACAAUCAAAUUAUUUCUCACUCUAUCGAGGUCGAAAACCUUCGACAUCGAGUCUUACCUUGUUUCCGAACAAAAGAGGCAUGUAAAACGGUGUCUGACCGGUUGCAUUAUUACGCUGUUCGGCUUCACACGGCGUUCGUCGUUUCAGUGUUAUGUCGACCGUCACUCCGACAAGGGAACAGUAGUGGCAUGGAUCGUACGCAAAAGGCAGCUCUCUUUGAGAAAUGCAAAGAGAGUCUAACGGAAACCGUACGCAUGUAUCUUAAAAUGCAUUCUCUGAGUGUUAUUCCCACCCGUUCCUGGGCUUUCACAUACCACGGUCUCUCAUCCGCCGUAUUGCUCGGAAUUUUGGGGGAGACGAAAACAGACCCUGAAGUUAGGCAACUGCAGGGCGAUUUGAUCACGGCUCUCUCUGCUACUGCUGCCAAAGAACAGACUUCAGACAUUACAAAAUCAGAUAAGGAUAUCGAAUUGAGUGGACCGCUGUCGAGAGCGUUGGUAGCCUUGAAGAACAUCUAUGAUCAUGGUUGGGUAGUGGAACAGAAGCCCUCCAAUGGGAAUGUGCCCGAGUCGCAGUUCGUGCAGGAUCAAGACCAGAGUCAGUUUGAACAGCAGCAAAAUGCUGCAAUUGCCAUGGCGUCAAUGCAGAACGGGAUGAUACCUCCAUUGGAUUAUCAACCAACAGCACAAGCACAGAUGCCGGUUGACCUAUUCGGUAUGCAAUCGGUUGAACAAACGAUGAAUAUGUCGCCCAUGGAUUUGUUCGAUUCGAUAUUCUGGGAUCCGUAUCCCGGAAACGGAUUAGAUCCCAAUGGUUUUGAUUACACACAGCUGUACCCCAGUUUUUAG